AAUAUAUAUAUAUAUCCAUCACACAUUCCAACUUAUUUUGUUCUACAAUUGGAACAAACACUUCGAAACGAUUCUGCUUCCUAUGCCACAUUCUCAACCAAAACGUCGACAGCAGCAAGGGCUCGUGGUUCGGUCUCUUGGUCCACUGUCUCGGUCAGUCCUCUUAGUUCCACAUCCACCGCUCGUUCCGGCUUGGAAAUAGCAGCACCGGAAGACACGGCCGAUGCACGUAUUGUGUUCGAGCCAACACCUCCACCCACAAGCAACGGGGCCCCCGGUUCGGAAGAGGCACUACUCAACCGAUCAUCUGUGCUCUUUGUUGCCGUGUCUUUCAUCUUGUUGAUGGUUAUAAGCCUCGCUUGGCUCGUGUUUUACUAUGUGCAACGAUUUCGUUAUUUGCACAGUAAAGAGCGUGUGUCGGUAACAAUGGGUUUAACAUGUGUUCUUCAGAUUAACUGGUUAACUCGACUAUUCUUCCUCUCUGUCACCUAUUUGUCAUUAUCACUAAUUGGCUUUUCACUCCGUGGCUUUCGGGUAGUUGCGUUGACUCAUAGAAUGUGUGUGUGCGAACCAGUGUUAAUUGUGAAUGAUGCAACUCAGCGGUUCAAGUUGGGGGUUCAACUUCAGUCGGUGUCUCAGUCGGUAAAAAUGCUUAAGGAGUAA